UGGAAUCCCAGUGUGAUCUGGCACAGUGGUGGGAGGGGAGCGCAGCACACAAGUCCUGGAGGAGGUUUGAGCCAAGAGCACUGUGCUGCCCGACUUUUCAUCGACAUUCGUCCGUCUGUCCGAGCCGCAAAGCUGAGCCAAACGUUCGCGGUGCGUAAUUACGCACGGAUACGACAGUUCCGCGGUGUUCUUGGCUGUGGAAACCCCGCGGACAAAGAAGGGCAGGCGGGCUGGAGUGCAACUGACUUGAGCGGAGAGGAGUACUGUUGGAGGGGAAACUGGAGGAAUCUGGAGUCGGAAGUGAUUUGUCUUUUUUUUUUUUUCCAGAAAUGUAACUUACGUCCAGGAUUUUAGGAAAGGAAAAAUCUUUUUGACGAGAGGGAAAUUAGGAGUGGAUUUAACCUCCAAAAUAACAUCUAAAUCCUCGGAGCAUGGGAGGAGUUGUCUGCCAGCUGUAAAAUGUACCCGCUACACCGAGAGAGAGAGCAGCCCAUCUUCAGUGCCAGAGCUCAUGUCUUCCAGAUCGACCCGGCCACCAAACGCAACUGGCUGCCGGCCAGCAAACAUGCCGUCACUGUGUCCUUCUUUUAUGAUGCCACCCGGAACGUGUACCGCAUCAUCAGUGUGGGUGGAACUAAGGCCAUCAUCAACAGCACCGUCACCCCCAACAUGACUUUCACCAAAACCUCCCAAAAGUUUGGCCAGUGGGCAGACAGCCGGGCCAACACCGUUUACGGUCUAGGCUUCUCCACAGAGCAGCAGCUGCAGCAGUUUGCUGAGCAGUUUAAGGAGGUGAAGGAGGCAGCCCGUCUAGCCAGAGAGAAAUCCCAGGAGAGGUUUGAGCUGGCCAACCCUGCACUCAACAUCGCAGCUCCACAGCUUUCACAGGAGCUGUCGGAGGACCGGCAUUCACCGCCGCUGCUGACAGUGAACGGGCCCGGGGAGGAAAAGCUGUUUCGCAGCAAGAGUGCUGAAGUGGAGCUGACAGCAGAGAAAGAAAGGGUCAAGAAGAUGUUGUCUGAAGGGUCUAUGUGUGAGAUCAACUUGGAAGCUGAACUCUUCACUCUUCAAGACAGCAAUGCCAAGCUGGUGGCAGCACUGCAGGAAGCUAACAGCAGCGUGGAACAGUGGAAGAAGCAGCUGGCUGAAUACCAGGAAGAGACCGAUCGCCUCCGAGACCAGGUGGCCGAGCUUGAAGCCCAGCUGGGGCGUCCUUCUGCUGGACAGCCUGGUAAAGAGGAGCUGAGCCGGUCACUGGAGGAGUUGGAAGCCCUGCUGCGAGCCAAAGACCAGGAAAUUCACAAUCUACAGAGCAAGAAAACAGAUGUUGGAGAGCUAGAAAGGGAGAGGGAGGAGGCCAUGCAGAGACUCAAGGAUCUGGAGAGACGAAAUGUGGAGCUGGAGGAUCGCGUUCAAAGCUCCGAAAAAACCCUGGCCUCCAACCGGGAGGAGCAGGCGCACGCGGAGGUCGAGGUACGACGGAUCAUUGACGUUCUGGACAUCAAAAUCGGUGACCUGAACAACCUGAGAGAGAGUCUGGCAAAACUGGUCAGCAAGUAGCCACAGCAGGAGCUGGGGUGCAUCUCCACAGUCUCGUUCCCUCCAGUUUAACUGAUCUAACAGCAGAGACUGGAUCAGAGCAACAUGGAGGCAAACACACUAUAGUUGAACUUUCUUUGUUUUUCACCAUCAGUCCAGCAUUGGAAACCUCUUAAAGGUGCUAUGUGCAGAGCAAACCACCUGUGCUGUUAGCCAUUGACACCAUUCAUAUAAAAGUCCUUCUGUUGCUGGUGCCAUAAAAAUGAGCACUUUUCAGACUUUUUUAUCUCCUCAUUCAGACAUGAGUCAGAUUUACAUUAUGGCUUCCCUCAGACGCACCCACAAAGUGAUGCAAUCUUUGCAAUACAUGGAGGAUUGGAGAGUUUUAGUGACUUAAACACACUCUGCCAAUGCUGAAACAUCACUGAGUAAAAAAAGAGAUCUUGUACUGAGCCAUCGCCCUCCACAUUGCAUUCCUCAGAUUACCUCGCGUCUUGGCGAGCCCUGUCCUCUUUUUCCCUCUGCUAUGUUAAGUGAUGUGUAAAUGUUACUCGGUCCACCCUAGUAGGAUUGCAGUCACAACAUAGAAAAGUUACUGCAGUGCUCAUUUGGAUGUAAACCGAUGCAUUCAAAUGCCGUGCGGUAAAUGGAAAGAAGUGCAUGUCUGAAAGUGGCUUUUUUCAAAGUCUGACCUUGUGAUUUUCAGUAGUAAAGAAGAGAGGUGAAGCAUUUCAUCCUAAUGGUACAUAACACCCAGAGUUGAUUACCGUAGAAUUUUGCAAAGGCAGAUAUUGAAGGAAGAUUUUUACCUGACAGGGUUUGCACUGUUCUGUUUUCCUCCAAAGUAGGAAGUCUGAAACCCUCGAACCAUGAAAACUGCAGCGCUGUAAGAGCAAGGGUUUCAUCAACCUUGGGAGAGCUGUGAAAUCAAAUAUAAUCUGCUUUUAUAUUUUAUAGCUACAUUAAACAUAAGCAACUUUUCAUAAAUCUCCAUAUUUGGGUCAUAGAAACAAAGUGGUUUUCCAUAAAUGCUUAUUUCAGUGCAGUUUUGGCAGAAGCGUUUUCGCUUUUUUCAGUUCUUAAAUGUACGUAUUUGUCACGUCUGCUUUUAAAAAGUGACGAUCCUCUGCUGAUACUGUGGAGAUGCACCCGGUAAAAGUGUGAGCUGUGUAAGAGCCUCUGGAAGCAAAGGCCCUGAAUAAACUCUGCUCCAGUUCACCAUCAUCAGCCUAGACUGGUCUGACACCAGCCCGAACAUCUACAAACUCAGAGAUGCAACAACCUGCUCCCAUUCUGUCUCCUCCAUCGCCAGCGUACAACUGUUUUUGUUCAUGUUUUAUAAGGACUGCUCUUUCUCACCGCUUACUCUAUUAUUUAUGUUCAUCGAUGAGUUACUCGCAGUUAGGAUGGAGAAAACGGCCACAAAUGUUGCAAAAUUCAAGCUGCAGGAACUGAGUUUGUUAUGGAGAGUAAUAUCAGCAGCUCUGGUCUGUACACGUGCCGUUUUCCCAUCCGGACACUGAGAUUGCACUUCACAACGUGUGUGCCAAGUUUUCUUUUGUUUACAUUUGUCCGUGUUCACAAAGUUAUAUAACAAUUCUGCUUAGUGUACUUUUUCCUUGUUGCUUAACACUAUCAGUUACCAUAAUAGUAAUAACCCUAGAGAGAGGCUCGGUGGAGCUGCAGUGUAGAUCACUACAAGAGCCCUGCAUGAGCUCUGCAGAAGCCCCAUACCUGCCAAGAAAUGUGAAGCUGUGUGCGUGUGCGUGUGUGUGUGUGUGUGUGUGUUUACUAAUACUGGUUUUAAACCAUUGAUGUGAGGACAUUUGGAACGACCCUAACAACUAAAGGGUACUUUAAAGGGACAGUUACCCCCAAAAUGUACAUGUUUUUGCUCUGGUGAGGGUGACGAUUAGAAGCAUCUAUGCAUUCUCUUGAACAUAAUGACCACAAACACAAACAAUGCAUUUGAAAUCAAAGAAAUAGCAGAACGUUUGACCCUGGUACUUUGGUGUGAGCAGGUUUGUGUAGGAGUUAGUUUCUUUCUGCCCACACGAAGAUUGCAGCUAGUCAAGUUUACAACAGAGCUGAUGAGGCUGCUGUUAAUGUUUACAUGCUGUCACACUGUUAUGAGUAGAAACUUCUCAUUACAGGUAGAUCCAGUGAUACAGCUGAUAGGCUUGGUUAAAUAGACAGAAUAUAAAUCCUACAUCAAUCUUCUCACAAGGUAAAACUGCCUUUUAGUUUCGUUAUAUUAACUAGCACAUGCCUGUGCUGUAGGAUUGUUUGCUGUGUUACAGGUGUGUAAAGGCUAAAAUCAGGUCAGUUUAAAAGCCUGUUGCUAGUUGAUUGCCAGGCAAUCUAUACUAUAUCAUAAACAACUGAAACUUUUUGGAUAUAAAUCAGAUGCUAUUGUUAUGAAAUAAUAAGAUUUGAUGCUUUUAUGAGGUGUUAAAUGCUAAAAACAAACAAAAAAAACAACAUGUUGUUUUAACCCAUUACUAGGUGGCUGUCAUGUGAUAUAGAUAAGAACCUUCCUAGGAUGUACCUGUGUGCCAACUUUAGUUGCUCAAGUACUGGUCGUGUAGGAGGAGCUGGAGGAAACAAAUUUUGCAUAUGAUAAUAAAAUCUGUGUAUCAUAGCAAGAUGAGAAAGUAGAUAUGUCUACAGCUGAGGUCAAAUAGAUUUAGAUGGAUAAAUAAAACUAUUGAUGUAUCUUAUUUUGAGGUGAAAUGUCCCUUAAGGCUUUGCUAAGCACGAGUGUCCUCACAUAAAUGGUGAAACAUGCGAGGAUGUGUGCGUGUAACCUCGGACCGCUCCAGUUAAAAGCACAACUGCAUAAGUUUUAGUAAAUUGGUACUUAAUUGACUUGUCUGUCAGCGCUGUAUGAGAAUUUCUGAUGCACAAUAUCUAUCGAUCUUUGCUUCUUGCCCUGUAAUGAGUUAUUGAUUUCUUUGUAUGACAGUAAUAGUCUAGGUACAAAUAA